GUUUCUCACUGUCUCUUUUCUCACUGAGAGAGAGAGAGACAAACCCACAAAACCCUAGAAAUCGCCAUUGAAUCCCCUCAAACAACAAAGCUCUCUCGUACAGAGAAGUAUCAAAUCUACCAACGCUAUAACUCAUUUUGCUUAUCAGAGUUUUUUAGGGUUUUAGGGUAGAGAUUCGAAUCUUUCCACCAUGUGGAACAGCGGCCAGAUUGCGCCGCCGGGGACCACUGGUUCGUCGAUACUGCCGCCUCCAGCGGCGCAGCCCUCGUACACGGUGCUGCCGUCGCCGGCCGAGGCUGAGGCGCGGCUCGAGGAGAAGGCCAGGAAAUGGCAACAGCUCAAUUCGAAGCGCUACAGCGACAAGCGCAAGUUCGGGUUCGUCGAGACGCAGAAGGAGGACAUGCCACCUGAGCAUGUCAGGAAGAUCAUUAGAGACCAUGGGGACAUGUCCUCCAAGAAGUAUCGUCAUGAUAAACGCGUCUAUCUUGGGGCCCUUAAAUUCAUUCCACAUGCAGUUUACAAGCUUCUUGAGAAUAUGCCUAUGCCAUGGGAGCAGGUCCGUGAUGUGAAGAUUUUGUACCAUAUUUCUGGGGCAAUUACAUUUGUGAAUGAAAUACCAUGGGUUGUUGAACCUAUAUACCUGGCUCAGUGGGGUACAAUGUGGAUCAUGAUGCGAAGGGAGAAGAGAGAUCGACGGCAUUUCAAGAGAAUGCGCUUUCCACCUUUUGAUGACGAGGAACCACCAUUAGACUAUGCUGAUAAUCUUUUAGAUGUUGAUCCUCUGGAGCCUAUCCAAUUAGAGAUGGAUGAAGAAGAGGAUUCUGCUGUAUAUACCUGGUUUUAUGACCAUAAGCCUCUUGUGAAAACAAAACUCAUAAAUGGUCCAAGUUACCGUAAAUGGCAUCUCUCCCUUCCUAUCAUGGCGACUCUUCAUCGGCUUGCAGGACAGCUGCUUUCUGAUUUAAUUGACAGAAAUUAUUUCUACUUGUUUGACAUGGAGUCAUUUUUUACAGCUAAAGCAUUGAACAUGUGUAUACCUGGUGGCCCUAAAUUUGAGCCUUUGUACCGUGACAUGGAGAAAGGGGAUGAGGAUUGGAACGAGUUCAAUGAUAUCAACAAGCUAAUUAUUCGGUCACCUCUAAGGACAGAAUAUAGAAUUGCAUUCCCUCAUCUCUAUAACAAUAGGCCCAGGAAAGUUAAGCUUUGUGUGUACCACACUCCCAUGGUCAUGUACAUAAAAACCGAGGAUCCUGAUUUACCUGCAUUUUAUUAUGAUCCCUUGAUACAUCCAAUAACUAGUACUAACAAGGAGCGGUCUGAAAAGAAAAAUCGUGAUGAUGAGGAUGAUGAUGAUGAUUUUGUCUUGCCGGAAGGGGUGGAACCUUUUCUGAGAGACACUCAACUUUAUACUGACACUACAGCUGCUGGUAUUUCCUUAUUGUUUGCCCCACGUCCUUUUAACAUGAGAUCUGGUCGGAUGAGAAGGGCAGAAGAUAUACCACUCGUGUCGGAGUGGUAUAAGGAGCAUUGUCCUCCAUCCUAUCCAGUUAAAGUUCGAGUCAGCUAUCAAAAAUUGCUAAAAUGCUUUGUAUUGAAUGAACUGCAUCACAGACCUCCCAAGGCUCAAAAGAAGAAGCACUUGUUCCGAUCUUUGCAAGCAACAAAGUUUUUCCAAACCACAGAACUUGAUUGGGCUGAAGCUGGUCUUCAAGUUUGUAAGCAGGGAUAUAACAUGCUAAAUCUGCUUAUACAUAGGAAAAAUUUGAAUUACCUCCACCUUGAUUAUAAUUUCAAUCUGAAGCCUGUGAAGACCCUCACUACAAAGGAGCGUAAGAAGUCACGAUUUGGUAAUGCUUUCCAUCUCUGUCGUGAAAUUUUGCGUUUGACAAAGCUUGUAGUUGAUGCCAAUAUCCAGUUCCGCUUGGGUAAUGUGGAUGCCUUCCAACUUGCCGAUGGUUUGCAAUAUACAUUUUCUCAUGUUGGUCAACUUACUGGCAUGUACCGUUACAAGUAUAGGCUUAUGCGGCAGAUCAGAAUGUGUAAAGACUUGAAACACUUGAUUUACUAUCGGUUCAAUACUGGUCCAGUUGGGAAAGGACCUGGAUGUGGGUUUUGGGCACCAAUGUGGAGGGUGUGGUUGUUCUUUCUUCGCGGUAUAGUGCCUCUCCUGGAACGAUGGUUAGGGAAUUUACUUGCACGGCAAUUUGAGGGACGCCAUUCAAAAGGAGUGGCGAAGACCGUUACCAAACAACGUGUUGAAAGCCACUUCGAUUUGGAGCUUAGAGCAGCUGUUAUGCAUGACGUUCUUGAUGCGAUGCCAGAGGGCAUUAAGCAGAAUAAAGCUAGAACUAUAUUGCAGCAUCUUAGUGAGGCGUGGCGUUGUUGGAAAGCAAAUAUUCCUUGGAAGGUUCCAGGUUUGCCCGUUCCCAUUGAGAACAUGAUUCUUCGUUAUGUCAAGUCAAAAGCAGACUGGUGGACAAAUGUUGCUCACUAUAACCGGGAGCGUAUAAAAAGAGGAGCGACAGUCGACAAAACAGUUUGUCGGAAGAAUCUUGGAAGACUGACUCGCCUUUGGUUGAAGGCAGAACAGGAACGACAACACAACUAUUUGAAAGAUGGUCCAUAUGUCACACCAGAAGAAGCGGUUGCCAUUUACACGACGACAGUACAUUGGUUGGAGUCAAGAAAGUUCUCUCCCAUUCCGUUCCCUCCACUGUCUUAUAAGCAUGACACGAAACUACUUAUCCUUGCUCUGGAGAGAUUGAAGGAAUCUUACAGUGUGGCUGUGAGAUUAAACCAGCUUCAAAGAGAAGAGUUGGGUCUCAUUGAACAAGCUUAUGAUAACCCACAUGAAGCACUGUCUCGAAUUAAGCGACACCUACUCACUCAGCGUGCUUUCAAAGAAGUUGGCAUAGAGUUUAUGGAUUUGUACAGCUAUCUCAUUCCAGUUUAUGAGAUUGAGCCUCUUGAGAAGAUUACAGAUGCAUAUCUUGACCAAUAUUUAUGGUAUGAAGGUGACAAACGUCAUCUCUUUCCGAACUGGAUCAAGCCUGCAGAUUCCGAGCCUCCCCCACUUUUGGUUUAUAAAUGGUGUCAGGGAAUAAACAAUUUACAAGGUAUAUGGGACACAAGUGAGGGGCAAUGUGUAGUGAUGCUUCAAACAAAGUUUGAGAAGUUCUUUGAGAAGAUUGACUUGACGAUGUUAAACAGGCUCUUGCGAUUGGUUCUUGACCACAACAUUGCUGAUUAUGUCACUGCAAAGAACAAUGUUGUGUUGUCGUAUAAGGAUAUGAGUCACACAAAUUCGUAUGGUCUUAUACGUGGACUCCAGUUUGCUUCUUUUGUUGUUCAGUAUUAUGGGCUUGUGCUGGAUCUCUUGCUUCUUGGAUUGACUCGAGCUACUGAGAUUGCUGGUCCUCCACAGAUGCCUAAUGAGUUCAUCACUUAUUGGGACACUAAAGUUGAGACCCGACACCCAAUUCGGCUAUAUUCUCGAUACAUAGACAGGGUCCAUAUAUUGUUCCGCUUCACCCAUGAAGAGGCUCGAGACCUUAUCCAGCGGUAUCUUACGGAGCAUCCUGAUCCUAACAAUGAAAAUAUGGUUGGAUAUAACAAUAAGAAGUGCUGGCCAAGAGAUGCGAGAAUGAGGCUCAUGAAACAUGAUGUAAAUCUUGGGAGGAGUGUUUUCUGGGAUAUGAAGAACCGUCUUCCUCGAAGCAUCACAACAUUGGAGUGGGAGAACAGCUUUGUUUCUGUUUACAGCAAGGAUAAUCCGAACUUGCUCUUCAGCAUGUGCGGGUUUGAAGUUCGGAUACUUCCUAAAAUAAGAAUGAGCCAGGAAGCAUUCAGUAAUACAAGAGAUGGUGUCUGGAAUCUGCAGAAUGAACAGACCAAAGAACGGACUGCAGUUGCUUUCUUGCGGGUUGAUGAUGAACACAUGAAGGUGUUUGAGAAUCGUGUGAGGCAGAUUCUUAUGUCUUCAGGAUCCACAACAUUUACAAAAAUUGUCAAUAAAUGGAAUACAGCCCUGAUAGGUCUCAUGACUUAUUUCCGUGAAGCCACUGUACAUACUCAAGAGCUGUUAGAUUUGCUGGUUAAAUGUGAAAAUAAGAUUCAAACCCGUAUUAAGAUUGGGUUGAACUCAAAGAUGCCUAGCAGGUUCCCUCCUGUCAUUUUCUACACUCCGAAGGAAAUUGGAGGACUUGGCAUGCUCUCCAUGGGUCACAUAUUGAUUCCACAAAGCGAUCUCCGUUACAGCCAGCAGACAGAUGUUGGUGUAACUCACUUUAGGAGUGGAAUGAGUCAUGAAGAGGACCAGCUGAUUCCCAAUCUUUAUCGAUAUAUACAGCCAUGGGAGAGUGAGUUCAUAGAUUCACAGCGUGUUUGGGCAGAAUAUGCACUGAAGAGACAGGAAGCUCAGGCACAAAAUAGGCGUUUGACCCUUGAAGAUUUGGAAGAUUCAUGGGACAGGGGAAUUCCACGUAUAAAUACUUUGUUUCAGAAGGAUCGACACACUCUGGCAUAUGACAAAGGAUGGAGGGUGCGCACGGACUUUAAACAGUAUCAAGUUUUAAAACAGAACCCUUUCUGGUGGACACACCAGAGGCAUGAUGGUAAACUUUGGAACUUGAACAACUACAGAACUGAUGUCAUCCAAGCUUUGGGAGGUGUUGAGGGAAUUCUUGAGCAUACCUUAUUCAAAGGAACAUACUUUCCAACUUGGGAAGGUCUCUUUUGGGAAAAGGCAUCUGGCUUUGAGGAAUCAAUGAAGUAUAAGAAGCUGACAAAUGCUCAGAGAUCUGGUCUCAACCAAAUCCCAAACCGUAGGUUCACUCUUUGGUGGUCACCUACUAUAAAUAGAGCAAAUGUUUAUGUGGGUUUCCAGGUCCAGUUGGAUCUAACUGGAAUCUUCAUGCAUGGGAAGAUCCCUACCUUGAAGAUAUCACUGAUUCAGAUAUUCCGUGCUCAUUUGUGGCAAAAGAUUCAUGAGAGUGUUGUUAUGGAUCUUUGUCAAGUUUUGGAUCAGGAGUUGGAUGCUUUGGAAAUUGAGACUGUGCAGAAGGAAACAAUCCAUCCACGGAAGAGUUACAAAAUGAACAGCUCUUGUGCAGACAUUCUUCUCUUUGCUGCUCAUAGAUGGCCAAUGUCAAAACCUAGUCUUGUGGCUGAGCCAAAGGAUGUGUUUGAUCAGAAAGCAAGCAAUAAGUACUGGAUAGACGUGCAACUCCGCUGGGGAGAUUAUGACUCUCACGAUAUUGAGCGCUACACGCGGGCCAAAUUUAUGGAUUAUACAACAGACAAUAUGUCUAUAUAUCCAUCCCCUACUGGGGUGAUGAUUGGACUUGAUUUGGCCUAUAACUUGCAUUCUGCAUUCGGUAAUUGGUUUCCUGGGUCAAAGCCUCUACUGCAACAGGCGAUGAAUAAGAUCAUGAAGUCAAAUCCAGCCUUGUACGUCUUGAGGGAGCGGAUAAGAAAAGGUUUACAGUUGUAUUCUUCUGAGCCCACUGAGCCGUAUUUGUCAUCUCAGAACUAUGGAGAGAUCUUCAGCAAUCAAAUUAUAUGGUUUGUUGAUGACACUAAUGUGUAUCGUGUUACUAUUCAUAAGACAUUUGAAGGAAAUCUUACGACAAAACCCAUCAAUGGUGCCAUCUUUAUAUUCAAUCCAAGGACCGGGCAGCUGUUUCUGAAGGUCAUCCACACCAGUGUGUGGGCAGGGCAGAAGCGUCUUGGUCAGUUGGCUAAGUGGAAAACGGCAGAAGAAGUUGCUGCACUUGUGAGGUCUUUGCCAGUUGAAGAACAACCGAAGCAAAUUAUUGUGACUCGUAAAGGAAUGCUGGAUCCCUUGGAGGUCCAUUUGCUGGAUUUCCCCAACAUAGUUAUAAAAGGUAGUGAGCUGCAGCUUCCGUUCCAGGCAUGCUUAAAGAUUGAGAAAUUCGGUGAUCUGAUUUUGAAGGCUACAGAGCCACAAAUGGUUCUUUUUAACAUUUAUGAUGAUUGGUUGAAAAGUAUUUCAUCAUACACUGCAUUCUCCCGGCUCAUUCUGAUCUUGCGCGCACUUCAUGUCAACAAUGAGAAGGCGAAGAUGUUACUAAAGCCUGACAAAACAAUCGUCACUGAGCCGCACCACAUCUGGCCUUCUCUCACUGAUGAUCAAUGGAUGAAGGUUGAGGUUGCUCUAAGAGAUCUCAUACUCUCAGACUAUGCAAAGAAGAACAAUGUGAAUACAUCAGCUCUGACACAGUCUGAGAUCCGUGAUAUCAUACUUGGAGCUGAGAUUACUCCACCUUCUCAACAGAGACAGCAGAUUGCUGAGAUUGAGAAACAGGCGAAAGAAGCAAGUCAGCUGACAGCUGUGACAACAAGGACUACAAAUGUGCAUGGUGAUGAACUGAUUGUCACCACCACAAGUCCAUAUGAGCAAGCUGCAUUUGGAUCUAAAACUGAUUGGCGUGUGAGAGCAAUAUCAGCAACAAAUCUCUAUCUUCGUGUCAAUCAUAUUUAUGUGAAUUCAGAGGAUAUAAAGGAAACUGGAUAUACUUAUAUCAUGCCAAAGAACAUCUUGAAGAAGUUUAUCUGCAUAGCAGAUCUGCGGACACAAAUUGCUGGUUACUUGUAUGGUAUAAGCCCUCCUGACAACCCACAGGUGAAGGAAAUCCGUUGCAUUGGCAUGCCACCACAAUGGGGAACCCAUCAGCAAGUUAAUCUUCCAGCAGCUCUCCCAGAGCAUGAUUUCCUGAAUGAUCUGGAGCCUUUGGGAUGGAUGCAUACUCAACCUAAUGAACUUCCCCAGUUAUCCCCACAGGAUCUCACGACUCAUGCUAAGAUCUUAGAGAGCAACAAGCAAUGGGAUGGGGAGAAGUGCAUUAUUUUGACUUGCAGUUUCACUCCUGGUUCCUGCUCCUUAACGGCGUAUAAGCUGACACCAUCGGGGUAUGAGUGGGGGCGCGUGAACAAGGACACCGGAAGUAAUCCUCAUGGCUACCUUCCCACUCAUUACGAGAAGGUCCAAAUGCUCCUGAGUGACCGCUUCUUUGGUUUCUAUAUGAUUCCGGAUAAUGGUCCAUGGAAUUACAACUUCAUGGGGGUGAAACACGCACCUAGUAUGAGGUACGGGGUGAAGCUCGGGACGCCUCGUGAAUAUUACCAUGAGGACCACAGGCCAACUCAUUUCCUGGAGUUCAGCAAUUUGGAGGAGGGAGAGACUAUUGCUGAAGGAGAUCGCGAAGAUACCUUCACUUAGAAUUUUUGAGAUCAGCGGUUAUCUUUCUAGAUGAGAGGGUGGGUUACAUACAAUGCGAAAGUGCAUGUACUGAUAAUCUUUAACUUGGCAGGACUCCCACCUUUUUUUUGUUGUAAAAAUCAUGUGUAUCUUGAGUUAUUUCUAUACCCAAAUUGUGGUUGCCAGCUUUUUGUAGCGGUUGUAUUUUACUAGUCUUUGUACAUAUAUAUACGAUUCUUGCUAGUUUUAAGUGUA